GUUUCUCAGACACACAAAUUUGUAGUGUAGUAAGCACAACUGUAAGCCGUACAAUACGCUAUAUUCCGGUUUGACUAACUAGUACCAGAAACGUUAUCCAACAAUCCACUGAAUCUCCACGAGAACAUGGCAACCUUUUUAUCUUUGGUUUUUCUUGCCGGUUUUGCAACCGUCACAUACGGAGCAGGCGAUAGCAAAGGUAACAUGCUGGAAAUCAAAUCCCGCUCGGUCACCUGCGAUAACAAGAUCGCAUACACCGCCAGCAGAUCGGUGGACGAUUGUGCCAGCAAAUGCAAGAAAGAUGCCAAUUGCCGCUUCGCCUCUUACAAUAUCAAGGACAAAAAAUGCGGUCUCGUUCCUGCAAACUUUGACUGCACUUUCGGACGAGCUGACUCUAACGAAAACGAGUUAAUUGGAUUCGCCUACAAGAAAUUUUCCCAGCGCAGUGAUAUCUUCAUAGGUGCUGGACCGCUGCGGAACAAGAAAGGUCAAAACCGUGCUCGAGAGUAGCUAUGGAACAACGGACAAGGACUGCAAAGCUUUGUGCGAUAUCCAUCCCACCUGUAAAGUGGCUCAUUAUUCGGCCGGAAUGGGCAUGCAAGGCUGCACGCUGCUGGCAAAAGCGGAACCGUCCAACAAACUUUCCAGCCCACCACGGGGAACGGACAUUUAUUACGUCGCCGCAUAGUAGUACUUAUUUCGUACUUCCGCCGGUCGCUCUUACUUGUUACUUUGAUAAAUCCACUUACUGCAGAUGGUAUGGGGAACUUCAUAAUAAAAUCACAUCAAUGGACUAAUGCUGUUCUGAAAUGUAUUUUUAACGCCGGAGGCCGAUACAAGCGUACUCUGUAUCA